AAGCCAAUCCAUCCCAAUCACCAAACCAAACCCCACGAAUCCGUCGCCUUCUCUCCUCCUCGCGGUGCGAAUCCAUGGCGGUAGCGUCCGGAACGGCAGCCGCGUUCUCCGUCCGUCGGACACCCCGGCCCUGCGCCUGCUCCGCCGCGGCGGCGGCCGGCGGAGCGAGGUUCCGCGCGGACGCGACCGGGAACGGCAAGUGGUGGGCGCCGCUGCUGGGCUGGUCUGGCCAGCCGGACUACAUCGACGCCCAGCCGGCGGAGGCUCCGGAGGAGCAGCGGCGCGAGACGCCGGCGGCGAGGCGGUUCGGGGUGCUGACGGAGGAGAAGGCGCGGCAGCUGCGGGUGCGGAUGAUGGAGACCGAGAGCUUCCACGACGCCAUGUACCACUCCGCCAUCGCCUCCCGCCUCGCCUCCGCCGCCCGCGGCGGCGACGACGGCAAGGCAGCGCGCUAG